AUGGCGGGGAUUCAGGUUCAGACCUCAUCGACUUCAACUCCGCUCCAAAAUGGCAUCUCUUCCGGAGCUCAUGAGGGAGACUUUCUGUACCGGGCAAACUGCUGCUGUUGCUGCGGCCACGGUGUGCCUGUGGACUUGCUGCUCGAAUACGCGAAGAACAUCCCCAAGGUAGAGCUGCACGUCCAUGUGGAGGGCACCCUGGACUUGAGCCUGGCGAGGGAAAUUGGAAAGAAGAACGGCAUUUCCGUCGGCGAUGGAAGCGAGGACGAAAAGGCAAUGAACGAAGACGGACAAGGUAUUGCGUUUGGAGAUCUGGACUCCUUCCUGGCCGCAUACUUUAAACGUGAGAAAGUCCUCUGCAACCGGGAAGACUUCCACAAACUCGUGCUGCGCUACUUUGAGAAGUCCGCGGCCCAGAAUGUGCGGCACGUCGAGUUGUUCUUCGAUCUUCAGUCACACACCAGGCGCGCCCCAGCAAUUGACGUCGUCCAAGGUAUCUAUGACGGGUGCUGCGAGGCCGAGCAGCGCUGGGGUAUCACUUCUCGCCGGAUCCUCUGCUUCGUGCGCAAUCUUCCUGUGGAAGACCACAUUCGAUGUGUUGAGGAGACGGAGCCGAUGUUGUCCAUGAUCGACGGCUUUGGACUGGCCUCGUCUGAGAAGGGAAAUGAAAACUACAAAUUUCGCGAGGUGUUCGACCUGGUGAAGAAGAGGGGACUUCCGUGCGUUGCACACGCAGGAGAGGAAGGCCCGGCCCAGAACAUCAUCGACGCCUUGGUGUACAAUCACGCAGCGCGAAUUGAUCACGGCUCAUCGUCGGUGGAAAAUCCCGACUUGCUCAAGCACCUGGUGGCACAUCAAAUUCCGCUCACUGUAUGCCCACUUUCAAACGUUUGUUUGGGCGUGUGUAGGAAUGUCGAAGAGCAUCCGCUCCUCCGGUGCAUGCCACAGUGUGGUCUGGAGAGGAAUACACCGAACGGCGUUGCCCACAGGGAAUUUCAGAGCCAGAGGGAACGCCUUCGAUGUGAACAACUGGACAGAUUGAAGGCCGCUGGCCAGGAUCAAAAAAAUACCUCCGGGGUGCCUGAGCCUGUCCCGUUCGUGGCUGGUCAGACAGGAGCUGACGCGAUUGCUCUUGGACCCAAAAGGUCGACGGGGAGUCGGCUCGGCGUUCAGUUUGAAAGCCUUAUCGACCAAGGGCUUCAAGUCACGAUCAACAGCGACGACCCGGCUUACUUUGGUGGCGGAAUGAACGACAAUUUUGCCGCCAUUAUCGAGACAUGUCUGUUGAACGAGAAGGGCUCGACCGGAUCAACGGAAGAUGACUCCAACGGGGGUGCGCCCCUACGCGAAAGUCUCCACUGGAGACUUGAUACGAUAAAGACAGUCGUUUUGAACUCCGUGUUUGCUGCUUUCCUGCCUCUUGAAAAGAAGCAGGCACUGGCUCAGGAAGUCGAAGCUUUUGAUGCUGACUUCAGGAAGAAACACCGCAUCGGAAACUGA